AUGCAUUUCUUCCCUUUCAGCUCAAGCUCUAACAGUUAUGGGGGGAGUCAUAUUCCGGUAUAUCUGAAUGUGUAUGAUCUUACCACUGUCAAUAACUACCUCUAUUGGUUCGGGCUUGGAAUCUUCCAUUCGGGUAUUGAAGUCCAUGGAAUGGAGUUUAGUUUUGGAGCACAUGAGUACGCUAGUAGUGGGAUAUUUGAGGUGGAACCACGAAGUUGUCCAGGCUUCAUCUUUCGACGAGCAGUGUUGCUAGGCAACACCAACUUGUCACGGGCAGAAGUUCAGACAUUAAUGGAACACAUUUCAGCAGACUACCAUGGUGAUUGUUAUCAUUUGAUUGCCAAGAAUUGCAAUCACUUCACAAAUGAAGCUUGCAUGAGACUCACUGGAAAGCCAAUUCCAGGAUGGAUAAAUCGGAUGGCUAGGUUAGUUUCAGGUUCCUUCUGCAACUGUCUACUGCCAGAGAGCAUUAAGGUAGCACCAGUUCGACAUGUAGCUGAGAGAUAUUCUGCACACACAGAUGAUGAUUGCUCAGGAUCUAUCAUAUCAACCGUCUCAUUGGUGAGCGACGAAGAGAAUUCGAAUCACCAUCUGCUACCCAUACCCAACGGCGAGGUUGCAUUUAUAAAGAAAAAAGAAAAACCAAUCAGGCUAGCAAAAGAAUUAUUGUAG